GAACGCGCAGCUCGAGGUGCGAGUCACGGCACGCUGCUGCACUCGAGGACGUUCCUAAUUGACGGCUAAUGUCCGAGUUCUACGUUUGGCUUCUACGACUAUCACGGCAGCACACACGUGGCGUUAUCACUGUGAGGUGCAACACCCUUGCCAGAUUCACGAGACCGGGAACUUCAGUGACGGCCGAGAAGCAGAACCAUGAUAGAGCACAUCGCGAGUCCGGAGGACCUCUCGUUGACGGACCUGGUGCGGCACAGGCUGCCCGACCGCUUCAUGACCAUCGGCUUCUACGUGCGCGCCUUCGCCAUGUACUUCAUCCCGGUCUGCCUGACGCCGCUGCUGUGGCAACGCUCGGCCGACAGCCACUGCGCUUUCAUCGUCCUCUACGUAGUCUUGCUCUGGCUAUUCCAGUCCAUCCCACCAGCCAUCGUAUCGUUCCUCCCGAUAAUUCUGGCCCCAGCGUUUCUCAAUUACUCAACUUCCGAGCUUCUGGAGUAUUACACCUCCGAAACGAUGCUGCUGUAUGUCGGGUACGCCCUCAUCGUGCACGGAGUCGAAGCGACGAACCUGCACAAACGAGUCAUCCUGACGUCGCUGCUGGUGUUCGGCGGCAAGUCGGGCUUCAUCAUCGGCGGCUUCGUCAUCACCACCAUACUGGUUUCCAUGUGGACCAACGCCGUGCGCACCGCGGCCAUCGUGCUGCCCAUCGCCAUGGAGGCGCUGCAGCACAUCCAGGACAACCGGCUGUUCCACCUGCUCGAGCUGCGCACGCGCUACGUGCGCCGCACCGCGGGCAUCGGCACGCCCAUCAUGGAGGCCCGCUACCUCAUCGAAGGCGGCGUCGUCAUGCCGGACGUGAUACGCAUCCUGAGCGAGUUCUUCACCGUCAAGAAGGGCCUGCUCAUCGGCAUAUCGUACUCUGCCGUGCUGGGAAGCAUGGGCUCCGUGGUCGGCUGCGGCGGCAACCUGUUCGUCAAGGCCUUCCUGGAGCAGAUGUACAACUACCGCCGCAUCACCAUCUACCAGUGGGUUCAGUGCCACCUGCCCCUGACGGUGCUCUGCUCGUUCCUGCUGUGGUUCGUGCUGUCCGUGUGCUACGCGAGCGACGUGGUGUCCAGUGACCACAUCUCCAAGCGGGCCUUCGAGGACAUCAUCUACCGGCACUUUGCCGAGCUGGGAGCAGUCAGCUUCACCGAGAUGGCGACCAUCAUCACCUUCCUUUGCAUGGCCGCGGCCAUCGUCGGCUCGCACCACUACGCCGAAGCGCUGAACAUCGAGGCCGCGGAGUCCACCUUUAAUGAGACGGCGUGCAUCUUCUUCUUGGCUUUUGUCCUGCACGCGGUGCCCAGUCUCUACCACUAUGGGCGAGGCCGGUCGCGACGUCGCUUCCACGGCGAGACGGCGCAACACGCCGUCAUGAAGAUCUCGUGGGCCUUCGUCAUCACCAUGGGCGCCGGCGUGUGCGUGGCCAAGCUCACCGCGCACUACAACCUGCAGCAGUCCUUCGACUGGCUGCUGCCGCACCACGCGAUCGCGUCGGCCUUCCACCUGCAGCUGCUGGUCGCGUUCGUCGCCCUGCUGCUGGCCGAGAUCAACAACUCGCUGAACAACAUCGUGAUCUUCGCGCCACUCAUCUGCCACAUUUCGGACGCGCUCAAGGUGCACCCGCUGUACCUGCUCAUGCCGUUCACCUUCAGCUGCUACUUCGGCUUCAUGGCGUCCACUGCGACGCCCGUGAGCGAGUACGUCACCGACUACGGAGACCUGCUCGAGAACGAGUUCGUCCUGCCAGGCAUCGCCAUGAAGAUCGGCUGCGCGAUGAUCGUGCUGCUGGCGUACAACACGUGGUGCUGGGACUACCUCUAUCUCAAGGAGGCCAUCGGGCCGCUUACCAAGCGGAACCAGACGGCGCCGGAGGUCUAGGUCCGACGCGCGUGUGCUCUCAACACAUGGGAUCGUCUUUGUUUCCAGCUUAACCUCCGUGUUUUCGCGAUAACGGUAGUGUUUUUCAUAUUAUUUAUAUGUUUGGGACUGAUUAUCUACUGUAAAUAGCAUACGCUGCGUUUAUUCUCUUUCUUUCUCGGCGUUCAUGUGAGUUGCCACGUGUGUCUGCUGCUGCGCGUUUCACGCGCCGGCUCCUUGUGUGUUUCUUUCGCGCGCGAAGCUCCUGCAUCCAGAGGCGUACUGCCUGCAGCAUUUUUUUAUAUAUAUAUUUAGGACCUGCGUGACGUUCAGCUCACCCUUCGUCGCUCAGUGGCGCGACUUCGGCACAGCGCUCCUGUACAUACGAGGAAUGUGCUAUCAGUGCACUGACAAGAAGAAAGUCGUAAAGACUCGC